ACAAAGACAAAUGGCGACAUUCGCAUGGCACACCUGUGGUGACUAAGCAUAAAAAUACGGUUUCUGUAACUUUUUCAACACGUUUAAACCGUUCCGUUGCGAUCAGACAAGCGCCAGUGGGUCAACAUUUUCUCGAAACAGCGUUUGUUCCCGGUCAACUGUUUUGUGGGACAUUUUGUUGUACAACUCAGGUGAUCACUGAAAAAAAAUGGCGUCUGGUGACAACAAAGAGGCCAUAAAAGACUUCAUCACAGACAACUACGAUCAUCUGUCGGAGAGACUACAAGUUGAGAAACUGAUUCCUUACUUCAUCCAGAGACGUAAACUGGACCUCUCCGACAAGCAGGUCAUCAUGAGCAAAGUGACCACGCGAGGAAAGGCCGAAGCUUUGCUGGACAUCCUGAUCGAAAAUGGCAAGUGUAGUCCUGAUGAGUUUGUGGAGAUUUUGCAGAAAGGAGACCACAAACAUGUGGCAGAUCAGCUGAGAAGAACCAGCACGCAAAAUGAAACAACAGAAGGUCCACAUGUCUUUAUCUGCCACGCCGGACCAGACAAGGGCCGGUUUGUCAGACCUCUCGUCGACAAACUUCUGGAGGGACUUCCGGCGGAGACGAUCUUCUACGACGAAAUCAGUCUUCAGCCAGGGGAUGCCAUAGACGACAAGAUAAUAGCCACUCUUUCAAGCCCGUCCUUGAAGCUUGUAGUGAUUGUGAUCAGUCGCCAUGUUCUUAACGAUAGGUACUGGCCCAAGUUAGAGCUAGAGCUUUCUCUACUGGCAAACAAGAAAUUCUUUCCUAUCUGGCUGGAUCAAAAUGAUGAUCACUUUGCGGCUUUUGGUGACAAGUUAAGGAAGUACUCUCCUACCUUAAAGGGGAUAGUUGGUACCAAGGUUCUCGCAGACAGAGCUAGGGGAGAGAUACAGAAAAUUGCAGAGGACAUUGUGACCAAGUUGGAAACUGCAUGAAGAGAAAUCCUUAUGUUUCUUGAUGUAUUUCAAUCGUGAGUUGUCUGAAGCAGACACCUUUACAAUUUUUUGUUGUUAUGUGUGUUUAUCCCAAUCAUAUCUUUAGAUGCUGGUUACACUAACAUAAUGUAACUAGAUUUUAAAACCUGAGUUAAUAUGGAUGGUUUCUAGUAAGAAAAACAAACAGGUAGCUUGGUUAUACUUUCUUUGUACAUGUAUAUGUAACAUGUUAUUCACAGAUAAUAAGAGAAUUCAAAUAUUCAGUAACAGUUGUAUAUCAAAGUAGCCAAUUUUAGUGGGGCAAUUGGUAACUUUUUAAAGAGAAAUUGAUAUUCUUCGAAUUUCGAAAUAUUUUAGUCAAUGUGAGAUGUUUUGAAUGAGACAUAACAAAAGUUGAGAAAAUUCUAUGUUCUUUAGGCCAAGAUUUACCGUGGAUUGAAUAUCUUAGCUUCUCCUAUGUUUGAAGUAU